AUAUAGUCAUAAAGGCUUCUGUAUGUGAAUGUACAUAUUUGCAGUAACUGAGAUUACUUUGGCUUUUCGUGCCUUUUUAUGCUUAAGGAAUGGGCAAGAGCUGAGAUUUAUGACCCUUAUUAAAAUAUUUUUGCUUUGCAAGGGUGGGACACUGGUUAUGCAGUCUAUUUUAAAACUAAACCGAAUAAAAUUGAUGGAAUGAUUUGUAAUUGUAGUUGUGCUUGUGACUGAAGAAUGCUGCUUUGCAUGCUGUUUUAUUUACAGGGUGCUGUCUUGUGGUUUUCUUCUUUAGGAGAUGUUAAGUGGGGGGGGUGCUGUGCCUUUCUGUUAGGCCAAAGGGAAACAAUAUUGUAGAAUUGUGCUUGAAAGGCAUUGCACAGAUGCUGUGAGGCGUACUCGUUUUCCUCCCUGUGUUGUGCUGUGUUUUGUGUUUUUUCCUUGCAGGCCUAUUGAUUUGGGCUGCCUUUAACCCUUUCGUAUUUGCAGAGGUAAUGCAUCCCUGGCAGUACUGAGCACUGGCUAAAAAGUCUUUCAGAGGUCAAGGUUCACGCGGUGAGACGUGGUGUUUUGGGUGCGCAGGUAACGGUAGCGUCAGGGUACCUGUGUGUGAAAGGUAAACCUGGCUCCUGAUGGCACACUUGGCACGUUAGGAAGGAGGCGACUGCUUAAGUGCUACUAAAGAAAUGCUAUUAACGUCCUCCAGUUCUAAUAGGAUUAAGGCUAUUAUUUGUAAAGACUUACAGAUAUCUCAGCUAAAUACAGUAUUAUCAUUGAAAUAUCUUCUGUCCAGAUAGACAUUUUCUCACAAUGUAGUGAUGUGGAAUAGGCCUCUGUGACAGUCAUAAAUCGUGAGCCACAUGGCAGUGUACUGUGUGUGUUGUGUUACAGCGUUACUCGUUCGGAAUUUGCUGGCUAAUUAUUUAAAGGUUGCUUGUUUGGCCGUGUCUGAGGAACUCAAUACUUGAUUCUGAAUUAAAGUCUUCAGUGUUAAACGUGUGCUUAAUAUAGCCUACAUAGAAAAAAACCCAUACAAAAUGAAUAGCAUGGAUGGUGUUUCUUAAACUGUUGUAACCCAGGGAGGAUUUUGCAGCAGCCAAGUGGAAAGAUGUAUUUUAGAGGGCUGAUGGAGCUCCAGUGGGUUAUUAGUGGCAUGAAUUAUAAUAUUGUGCAGUAAUCAAAUAAGAAUAGGAAACCGGAUGGGCAGUGCAUCAGCUCCUGGGGGAGAACUCCUUUUAACUCAGAGCAAUGGAUAAGCGAUAGGAUCCCCCCCAGUCUAAAAACCAAACGUAUACUUAGAUUUGAGCUGGCAUUUCUAUCUAACAGUGAAGCUGAAGGAUUCAGAGCGUGGGGAGGGGAGAGGAGCAAGCAGUAAUGAGUACAGCACAGGGGAGAACAAAGGCUGUUAGGGCUCACACGUUGGAACACUAAGCAUUUUGCCUUGGGGAUUCUUUUGCUGGAGCUGUUACUUCCUAUAACAGGAAACCAGCCACUCUAGAAAAUCAUCCGGUGUGAUUUUCAAAAAUCUGACCAGUCCUGGCUGUGUUAGCUGGCUUGGCAGUCUGCAAUCAAGAUAAACAUGGAGGCACAGCCCUGCCAGUGUUGUUCUGGUGUGCAGUGGGGGUCUUUGCUGUGUGCUCAGCAGAACGGAGCAGACAGUUAGGAGCCCUGAGAGGCUGUGGAUGUUGAUUUGCUUACAAUCAAAUACAUGACCAUGGGGGAUAUGAAGACCCCAGAUUUCGAUGACCUUCUCGCAGCCUUUGACAUACCAGACAUGGUUGAUCCAAAAGCAGCUAUUGAAUCUGGACAUGAUGACCAUGAGAGCCACAUAAAGCAGAACGCUCACACAGAUGAAGAUUCUCACGCCCCAUCGUCCUCUGACGUUGGUGUGAGCGUCAUUGUGAAAAACGUGCGUACUAUCGAUGCUUCGGAAGGGGUGGACAAGGAUGGGCACCAUUCCACAGGCAAUGGCUUGCACAACGGCUUCCUGACGUCUUCAGCUCUUGACAGUUACAGUAAGGAUGAGGGGAAGUCGCUUAAAGAUGACGGUUCAGCUUCUGAGACUACGCUGAAGGAUUCAGCUUUCAACCAGUUUAGCCCAAUAUCAAGUGCUGAAGAAUUUGAUGAUGAUGAAAAAAUUGAGGUGGACGAUCCUCUGGAUAAAGAGGAGAUGCGUGCAAAUUUCAGAGCAAAUGUCCUGGCAGGAUCUGGAUCUCAGCAGGAAUACGACAAACUAAAGGCACUUGGAGGGGAGCACUUGAUUAAGUCUGGAAUCCCAGUUUCAAGUAGUAUAGAUAAAAAUAAAGUAGCUAAACGAGAAACAGAGGCAACCUCCGUGAGUUUAAGUGUCUAUGAGCCUUUUAAAGCUCGAAAAACAGAGGACAAAUUGCUAAAAGACAAUUCCGAGAAGCUUCUCGAAAACAGGGUGCUCGAUGGAAAACUGAGUACUGAAAAAAGUGAAACAAAUCUUGGCGGCGUUUCCCAGUCCAAAGCAAAGUCGUCAGCAAAGCUUUCUUCGUGCAUUGCUGCAAUCGCAGCGCUGAGUGCUAAAAAGGCAGCUACAGAUACCGGUAAAGAUCUACAGUCUAAUUCAGGAGAAUCCUCUCCAUUACCAAAAGACAUGAGUGAAAGUCCCCGGGCUAUUGAAAAGUCGCCUGAAUCUCAGAGUCUCAUCGAUGGUGCUAAAAAGCCGUCUGUCAAAUCACCUGACAGUCCCAGAAGCGUAUCGAGUGAAAACAGCAGCAAAGGGUCUCCAUCCUCCCCCGCAGGGUCAACACCAGCAAUUCCUAAAGUUCGCAUCAAAACCAUCAAGACUUCCUCGGGGGAGAUCAAGAGAACUGUUACUAGAGUGUUGCCAGAAGUGGAUGUGGACUCCGGUAAGAAGCCAGAGCAGACCGCUUCUAUGGUCACCUCCGUGACGUCUCUGCUGUCCUCGCCAGCCUCCGCUCCCGCGCUGUCCUCUCCUCCUCGAGCUCCCCUGCAGCCCACGGCUGUCACCACCGCCGCCGCGUCCGCGGAACUGGCGCCAAAGCAGGUCACCAUCAAACCUGUGGCUACUGCCUUUCUCCCCGUUUCAGCAGUCAAAACGGCGGGUUCACAAGUUAUCAAUUUGAAGCUUGCUAACAAUACCACGGUGAAAGCCACCGUAAUAUCUGCUGCUUCGGUGCAGAGUGCCAGCAGCGCUAUUAUCAAAGCUGCCAACGCUAUCCAACAGCAGACUGUUGUGGUGCCAGCGUCAAGCCUUGCCAGUGCUAAACUUGUGCCAAAGACGGUCCAUCUUGCCAACCUUAAUCUUCUGCCUCAAGGUGCUCAAACCACCUCUGAACUCCGCCAAGUGCUAACGAAACCUCAGCAACAAAUAAAGCAGGCAAUAAUUUCUGCAGCAGCCUCACAGCCUUCUAAAAAAGUGUCUCGAGUCCAGGUGGUGUCAUCUCUGCAGAGUUCGGUAGUGGAGGCGUUCAAUAAGGUGCUGAGUAGUGUCAAUCCCGUACCAGUUUACAUCCCGAACCUUAGUCCCCCCGCCAAUGCCGGGAUAACGUUACCCACGCGAGGGUACAAGUGUUUGGAGUGUGGCGACUCGUUUGCUCUUGAGAAGAGCUUGACCCAGCACUAUGACAGGCGGAGUGUGCGAAUCGAAGUGACGUGCAAUCACUGUACAAAGAACUUAGUUUUCUACAAUAAAUGCAGUCUUCUUUCCCAUGCUCGUGGGCACAAGGAAAAAGGCGUUGUGAUGCAGUGUUCCCACCUGAUUUUAAAACCGGUCCCAGCAGAUCAGAUGAUAGCAUCUCCUUCAAGCAAUAGCGCUCUGUCGGUGCUGCAGAGCCCCGGGGGAGCUGGCGCGCACGCCGUGACCAAGAUCCAGUCUGGCGUAACGGGGACGGUGAUCUCGGCCCCCGCCAGCACACCCGUCAUUCCAGCCAUGCCCCUGGACGAGGACCCGUCCAAGCUCUGCAGACAUAGUCUGAAGUGUCUGGAGUGCAACGAGGUUUUCCAAGAUGAGACGUCUCUUGCAACUCAUUUCCAGCAGGCUGCAGACACGAGUGGACAAAAGACAUGCAAUAUCUGCCAGAUGCUGCUUCCUAACCAGUGCAGUUUUGCAUCACACCAGAGAAUUCAUCAGCAUAAAUCUCCAUACACGUGUCCCGAAUGUGGAGCAAUCUGCAGAUCUGUCCACUUCCAGACCCAUGUCACUAAGAACUGCCUGCAUUAUACCCGAAGAGUUGGUUUUCGCUGCGUGCAUUGCAAUGUUGUUUACUCUGACGUGGCGGCUCUCAAGUCUCACAUUCAAGGUUCUCACUGUGAAGUCUUUUACAAGUGUCCUAUCUGUCCCAUGGCAUUUAAAUCUGCUCCCAGCACACACUCCCAUGCCUACACACAACACCCGGGUAUCAAGAUAGGCGAACCAAAAAUAAUAUAUAAAUGCUCUAUGUGUGACACUGUGUUUACUCUACAACCUUUGCUCUAUCGCCACUUUGAUCAGCACAUUGAAAACCAGAAGGUGUCUGUUUUCAAGUGUCCAGACUGUUCUCUUCUGUAUGCACAGAAACAGCUUAUGAUGGAUCAUAUCAAGUCUAUGCAUGGAACUUUGAAAAGUGUUGAGGGGCCACCAAACCUGGGGAUAAAUCUGCCCCUCAGCACCAAACCCACAACUCAGAACUCAGCCGGUCACAACAAAGAGGACACAAAGGCUGUCAACGGAACAGAAAAGCUGGAGAAGAAGUCUGCUUCUCCCAUGAAGAAAGCAGAACCCAAGAAAGUGGCCAAUCCUGGCUGGACGUGCUGGGAGUGUGACAGGCUCUUCACCCAGAGAGACGUUUACAUCUCUCACAUGAGGAAAGAACAUGGAAAGCAAAUGAAGAAACAUCCGUGUCGACAAUGUGACAAAUCUUUCAGUUCAUCUCAUAGUUUAUGUCGUCACAAUCGUAUCAAGCACAAAGGCAUUAGGAAGGUUUAUACGUGCUCGCACUGCCCGGAUUCCAGACGUACUUUUACCAAGCGGUUGAUGCUGGAGAAACACAUUCAGUUGAUGCACGGCAUUAAAGACCCCGAUGUGAAGGAGAUGACUGAAUCAACCAAUAUGGAAGAAAGGGAAGUGAAAGAAGAUGCAAAGGUUCCCAGUCCAAAGCGCAAACUGGAAGAACCUGUGCUGGAGUUCAGGCCUCCGCGAGGCGCAAUCACUCAGCCGCUGAAGAAGCUCAAGAUAAACGUUUUCAAAGUUCACAAGUGUGCUGUCUGUGGCUUUACAACAGAAAAUCUUCUCCAGUUUCAUGAACACAUUCCUCAGCAUAAAUCCGAUGGCUCUUCGUACCAGUGCAGGGAGUGUGGACUCUGCUACACGUCCCACGUGUCCCUCUCCAGACACCUCUUCAUCGUGCACAAGCUGAAGGAGCCUCAGCCGGUGUCAAAACAAAACGGGUCUGGGGAGGAGAGUCAGCAAGAAAAUAAACCCAGUCAGGAGGACGAGUCGUCCGACAGCGCGGCCUCGGACAGAAGGUGCAAAGUGUGCGCAAAGACUUUUGAAACGGAAGCGGCCUUAAACACUCACAUGAGAACACAUGGCAUGGCCUUCAUCAAAUCGAAAAGAAUGAGCUCAGCUGAGAAGUGAUCAGAGCAUUUGGGAUGCAGAAAUCUCUCUCCACAUUGGAAUAUUAAUGACAUUUUUGCUACAGAAAGUUCAAGGCAUAACAGUGUUAACAGUACUGUUCAGGCUGUUGCAAUAUAUUCUGCAUAAAAGCGUCCCCGUCACCUCAUUGUCUAUAUCCUCAGACCCACUGAAGCAGUAUUUGAGUUCAAGAGAGUUUGUAUAUAUUUAAACUAAUAACUUUUAUACUCUUUGUUAUGUGUUUGUAUCAGUAUCUAGUGGGAAGUUUGGGUUCUUCAGUUUUGUUUUGGUUUUUAUCCUGGUAGUCCCUUGAUCAGAGUUCUGAAUGCCGGGGCAGUUCUUAGGUUCUCUUCAGCUGUUUGUCAUGCGGACGCCCCUGGAGGAGGGUGAGCUGUAGUGCAGGGGCAGGGGGGCAGGCGAAGGGGAGGCUCACUUUCUAAGAACUCGUGCUUCUAAAUGCUCAAGAAAGCUUUUAAACUUUCUCUUAAAAGAUAUAUAUUUAAAAAAAAGGAAAAAAAGUAAGAAAAAGUACCACUGCGUAUGUAAAUGCAGUGCUGGUUUGAGGUGGCAACACCAGAACGGGUGCAGGCCCCCUAGAGCGAUAAAGUACUUCUGAAAAGUGUAAUUGCACAACCGUGUAUCAUGAAGUGAUUUUUUUAGGCCAUCGGGUGCUUGUGAUCAAAGCUCAAAUUGUUACAAAAGGGCUGGGCUGCUCUGGAUUUAACAAAUAAGUUGUAAUUAGAGGAAUAGGUUUAUAAGGGUGUUUUUUGUCAUGUAAUUUAUUAAACGUUCCAUAGGAGUGAGUACACAGCAGUAUGUGUUCCGUUGUCUCUGGUUAGCCCUCGCUCCGGGGGCUGGCGUUUCCCAGCGCCGUGUGCUCACGCCUGACGUGCUGGUGCUCGGUGCCAGCGGUGUCGGUGCAGCUGGGGCUUCCAGCUCCAGCGCAGGCCCCACGAGGCUCGCUCGGCCGCUGCAGUCGUGGCUCUGACGUCACGAAGUACAAAAGGUACCAUACUGUCCCUUUCAUAUAUAGUUCUCUGUGAGAGUUAUAUUUUUGGUUUCUUUUUGCAUUUUAUACCUUGUAUGUAUCCCUAAAAAACCAAUUUUGUACUUUUUUUUAAAACAAACUGUGUAUAUAUAGAUAGCUGCAUGAUAUACGGUAGUAAUUGUUUGGUUCCUUAAAAGUCUUGCUGCUGUCAGAUGUUACUAUACACUAUGUCCAUUACAACUGUAUUAAACACAUUUCAUAUGUAAAUAAAUGUGGAGCAUUUUGCCCCUAAA